AUGCUUCCUCGUUCCCUCCCUGCUCAAUCAUCUCGGAUCGGCUUUUGUAGCUUUCUGACCCGCUCCUCCCCCAAACACAUUCACACAGCUCACCGACACAUCGUGAACCGAACUCUGGCAACCAUUAAUCGUCCGUCCUCAUUUAUUACGAGCAAUCGCCUCUCCUCUAUUUCCCGUCACUUUUCCUCCUCUUCUAUAUUUGAGGGCAACUUCUCCACCAUGGCUCCCGUAGAGACAAAACAAUACGACUAUAUCGUCCUGGGAGGUGGAAGCGGUGGUAGUGGUAGCGCCCGCCGCGCAGCCGGCUGGUAUGGCGCAAAGACUUUGAUCGUCGAAAGUGCCCGGUCCGGCGGUACCUGUGUCAAUGUUGGGUGUGUUCCUAAGAAGAUGACCUGGAAUUUCGGUACCAUCAAUGAGACACUGCACAUUGGAAAGUCGUACGGCUACGACAUCCCCGACAACAUCAAAUUCAACUACAAGGAAUUCAAGGAAAAGCGCGAUGCCUCCAUCAAGCGUUUGAACGGCAUGUACGAACGCAAUUGGGGUCGGGAAGGCAUUGAUCUUAUCCACGGCCGCGCUGGCUUCGUGGAGCCCAAGGUUAUCGAGGUCGCCCUCGCUGAUGGCUCCGGUACCGCCCGAUACACUGCUAAGCACAUCCUUAUUGCCACUGGUGGCCGGCCUAGUAUCCCAGAUGUCCCCGGUGCUGAACACGGUAUCACCAGCGACGGCUUCUUUGAGAUUGAGGAGCUUCCUCCCAAGAUCGCCGUUGUUGGUGCCGGUUAUAUCGCUGUGGAACUAGCUGGUGUUAUGAACGCCGUGGAUGUCGAGACCCACAUGUUCAUCCGUGGUGAGACCUUCCUGCGCAAGUUCGACCCCAUGGUCCAAAAGACCAUGACCGAUCGCUACGAGGCCUCGGGUGUCAAGAUCCACCGCAAGCACGGUGGCUUCAAGGAGGUCAAGCUUAUCCGCGACGGUAAGGGCAAGGACCGUCUGAUCAAGCUGAUCAGCCAUGACGGUUCUGAGAUUGAGGUCAACGAGCUCCUGUGGGCUGUUGGCCGUGUUCCCGAAGUGGAGGAUCUGCACCUUGACAUCCCCGGUGUGAAGCUGAUCCCCAGCGGUCACAUCGAGGCGGACGAGUAUCAGAACACCUCCGUAGAGGGUAUCUAUGCUCUCGGUGAUGUGACUGGCAAGGCUGAGCUCACUCCAGUUGCCAUCGCCGCCGGUCGCCAACUUGGCAACCGCCUUUUCGGUGGUGCCCAGUUCAAGACUUCCAAGCUCGACUACGACAACAUCCCGACAGUGGUCUUCUCGCACCCUGAAGUUGGAACAAUCGGUCUCACCGAGCCCGAGGCUCGCGAGAAGUACGGCGACGACAAGAUCAAGGUGUACCACACCAAGUUCACCGCCAUGUUCUACGACUUCAUUCCUGCAGAGGAAAAGCCCCAGAACCCUACCGAAAUGAAGCUGAUCUGCGCCGGCCCUGAGGAGAAGGUUGUCGGUCUGCAUAUCCUAGGUCUCGGUGUUGGCGAAAUGCUGCAAGGCUUUGGCGUUGCCAUUAAGAUGAGAGCCACCAAGAAGGACUUUGAUAGCGUCGUUGCUAUUCACCCGACUAGCGCCGAAGAACUGGUCACUCUGCGGUGA